AACCAAAACGUUAUCUCUAGGACAAAAGCCUUCGCUUGGUUUUCUAUCCUCGAGAUUUCAUUUAUAAAGAAAGCAUGUCGGUCUUCGGGCAAGGCUCCACCGCAAACGACGACGGCACGAGCAUCGUGGCUAGAUUGUCCCGCGCAGUAUCCGAGUCCGGAAUCACGAACGCCACCAAGAGGGUCGCCAAUGACGCCGCCUACGUCUCGAAGAAGCUGAUGAAGAGCACUGGAAAAGCGGCAUGGUUGGCGGGGACAACGCUCCUUAUACUUGUGGUGCCACUUAUCAUCGAGAUGGACCGUGACCAGCAAUUCAAUGAGCUUCAGUUGCAGCAGCAGGGCCUCCUUGGCUCACGCCCUCCUCCCAAGUAAAAUGAAGAGAUAAAUCGCUUCCAUGGAUGAGUAUGAAGGGUAUUUAAAAACUUGAAGAGUUGUUUUUAAUUGGAUUAGAUUGAAUAUGAGGA